AUGAAAGCGUAUAGAUUCGACGAUGAACGAAGCGACGUCGAGAGCGACGAGUGGCCGAAGAUUGAAAAGCGAAGGAAGGCUCGUGAAGUGGCCAGCAGUUCAGCAACUAUGAAUCCGAAGCAAAAGUUGAAAAUUAAAAGUCGAGAACUCAUCUCAACGUCUGAGUCUAGUAGUGAAGCGAGCGAAGCACCUGCAUUGAAGGACACAUCUGGUAAUGAAAGCAAAGAAUCUAAUCACCUCCGGGAAGAGAGUAAUGGAUCCAAAAAUUUAGAGGUAAGUGCCUCGACCAGUGAGUCUGAAGCUCCGAGCAACGAAACGAAAAGAGUCAAACGGCGAAAAAUUGUGGAAAGCGAUACAUCUUCUAAUAUGUCUGCUGACGAGAAAGAAGGAAAAGACGCUAGCGACCAUUCAGACUUUUAUCAGCAGUCAGAAAAGUCUGAUCAAAAAUCGACCGUCAAAUCGUCCACUGAUGAAUCAAGUCCGAAAGGUUCAAACGCUGCUGAAAAUGACUCUGACUCAGACUGA